CAGUCCCAUUAAACAGACUUGCUGCAUCGAUUAAAACAAGUAUUAGUGGCAGUGCCGUUUCUACAACAUGGUCAACACAUUACAUUGGAUUACCUUAAUGCAACACAGGUUUACAGGACGGUAAGAAAACUUAUAUUUGGUUGCUUUUUUAGACAAGGAACAUAAUAAAAUGUCCGUUUCAUUAACGCAUUGUCCUGAUUGAGCGGCACUAUAAACAAAAUAUCACCACGUUAAAAAAAUAAUAAAAUGAACACGAUUACUCUGUGCAUGAUUAGAUUGAGUGCAUUUGAUGUUUUCAAAAACCUAUUUCAGCGCUGUCUCACACUUGCACAAAGGUUAACAAAAGUUAUUGUCGCUUUAUGAAAUAAUAAACCUUUGCAUUAUUUAGUUUUAAAAUAGAAAAUAAUAUCAUUUUUAGUGAGGAAAAAAAAUAACUAAAAAGGGUAGAAGUCAAAUUAUUUACAAAGUUGGCUUAAGCAAGUCUGUAGAGUAUAAUUGACCUAUGUGUUGUAGAGUAUAAUUGAUCUAUGUGUUUGUGUUAACUGUGCAGAAGAAGGGGACACGCGGCUCGCAUGUUGUGAAUACGAUAAUGAGCACCACUGAUGCCCUGUCUUAUAACACAAUAAUGAGCACCACUUAUGCCCUGUCUUAUAACACAAUAAUGAGCACCAUUGAUGCCCUGUCUUAUAACACGAUAAUGAGCAACACUGAUGCCCUGUCUUAUAACACGAUAAUGAGCACCAGUGAUGCCCUGUCUUAUAACACAAUAAUGAGCACCACUGAUGACCUGUCUUAUAACACGAUGAUGAGCACCACUGAUGCCCUGUCUUAUAACACAAUAAUGAGCACCACUGAUGCCCUGUCUUAUAGCUUGGCACAAAACUAUCAUAAAUGCACAUAAUAAAUCAUGCAUUUGAAUUCAGUUCCAUUAGCAUGAUAACUGAUUUUUGAUAUCUAAUUGACGAUUAUGAUGUGUAGGAUGUCAAGUAGUUCGACUUAUAAAACUUCACACAUUCACUCAAAGAUAUAAAUCAUGCAAUAAUGUAAUACCAUUCUAGAGAUUUUAUUCGUAAUAUUGAUUAUUCAUACAAUUUAUUACGUGGAAUAUAGUUUGUAUAGCCAGGAGAAUCAAUUCACUUAACAUCUCUAUUUUGUCUUAACUUACUCAUCCCAAAAUAAAGCCUAUAAAAUGGAUACGCUGGUCAGAAGCAGCACAUUCGUCCACGAUGACCACGAAGCCUACGAGGAAUUCGCCAGGGCAGUGCGAAGCUGGUCAUACAAUGACGACAAUGAGAGCAGAGGUGUGCAAGACAUUUGUAAGAUACUCGAUGCAUUGGAGGAGAAACUGACCGCCUCGACAAAACCCGAGUACAAAACCAGAGGCUGGGACCAGGCUCAGUUUAUGUUGAAGGAGUUGCUCAGUGUUGGCGGGUAUGGGAUCUGUUAGCGUAUUGUGCACAUGAAUGCCUCGUUGUCGGACUCUAUCUUUUAAGGUAAAGUCAAUUUAUCUGCGCGACGAGGCACCAUGAAUACCCCGAGGUAGAUGGUAAAAUAUUGAGCAUUAUUUCUUUAAUAAAAAAAAUAAAUAAAUCUUUACUAUCACCAUAAAAGAAAUUUCAAAGAAACAACAAACGAAAGAGCACAACAAUAUCAACAUAUAUUAUAUAAAUCAUAUCAACGAAAUUAGCGGUUACUUAACUUACAGUAACUUACGGCCAAUCAACAACUUAAUUAUCGAUUGGGAAAACAUUUAGUCAAUUGAAAGUGCCCAACAUGUCAUCUCUGUGGCAGACACAUAUUCUUAGAACGGGCGAGAACUUACGUAACAAAACCAGAAACAACGAAAUAUGGGCGGCAAAAGGAAUUAGAGUCUAACUCAACCCUUAGUGGUCGCCCAUUAAUUACGUCAACAAUUUUUACCCCCUCCCCUCUGUCAAACUUUCGAUGACCCCCUUAUUUAAUUAUGUCAACAUUUUAUAACCCCACCCCCUAAAAAAAUGAAUAAUAGUAUAAAUAAAUUCAUAAAUACAUUUUACUUUGUGCUGAUCUAUUUAAAUGAAACAUACAAUUUUAGGGCAGCAUUUAAUCCUAUGUUUAGCUUGUUAAUCAACAAGUUAAAAAGUUUUUAUACUUAAAUUUUAUAAUUCAGAAUCAAUUAAAAGGUUGUUACUUGUGCCUUUUUACCCCGUCUGGGGCAUAGGCCGUCUACAAGAACUUUCCACUCCUCAUGGUCCUGUGCUUUCCUUUCCAAUUGCUUACAGGUGUAUCCCAUAUUUUGUGUGUCAGCCUCUAGCUCGCGUCUCCAUGUAUUCUUAGGCCUUCCUCUCUUUCUUUUUCCCUGUGGGUUCCAUGUUAGGCCUUGUCUGGUGGUGCUAUCUGGGGGUUUUCGGAGCGUAUGCCAUAUCCAUCUCCACCUCUUCUUCAUGAUAUCUUCAUCAAUGGGCACCUGGUGUGUCCUUUCUAUUAGAUCUUUGUUAUUGAUAGUAUUAGGCCAUUUGAUGUUCAGGGUCUUUCUAAGGCAUGUGUUUAAGAAUGUCAGCACUUUCUGCAUAAGGCUCACUGUUUUUUUCCAAGUUUCUGCACCAUAUAGUAGAACUGUUUUGGCAUUUGUAUUAAAGAUUCUGACUUUGGUUUGCAUUUUCAGCUACUUCUUUCAGUAUUAGUUGUAUCCAUCUUGUUUCCCAGAUGCCAAGCAGUGUACGUUUGUAAGAUCUCAUUUCUGCUGCCACCUGCGCUGCUUUCCCUGCUUCAUACAUGGUUCUGACGUUCCACGUGCCUAUGUUUGUUUCCUUAGAAAGAGAGGGUCUUCGGCUUGGAGGCUUCCAGUAUAGCCUGGGUUUGGCCACAAGGCUUCAUAACUGAAAUUUGUUUUUUUUUUCUUGUUGACGUUUCUGUAGCAAUUUGUUUUUACGGGUGAGGUAGCUGGCCUCACGCCAACCCUCCUCCUAGCUGGCCUCACGCCACCUCCUCCUAGCUGGCCUCACGCCACCUCCUCCUAGCUGGCCUCACGCCACCCUCCUCCUAGCUGGCCUCACGCCACCUCCUCCUAGCUGGCCUCACGCCACCUCCUCCUAGCUGGCCUCACGCCACCCUCCUCCUAGCUGGCCUCACGCCCCCUCCUCCUAGCUGGCCUCACGCCACCUCCUCCUAGCUGGCCUCACGCCACCCUCCUCCUAGCUGGCCUCACGCCACCCUCCUCCUAGCUGGCCUCACGCCAAUCCUCCUCCUUUUGCACCCGGGCUUGGGACCGGCCUUGGUGGAGGUAAAAGAUUGUUAUGGACUAAAUAUCAUUUUUUGUGGAAGUAUAAAUAUGUUUAUUGUCAGUAUAGCUGACAAUUAUAGUAUAGUUUCUAACUGUUAUUAUCUUCACAUGGAGUUGCCCGGUGAUUCUGUAUCGUAACAAUGGGCAUCAGGAACAUCAUUUGGGUAGGGCAGGAGGUCAUUUGCCCCCUAAAUUGCUAAGUACUGUGGCGCCUCUAGGAAUAAACAACUUAAUAAGCCGACCAAGUUUUGGUUUUGCCCCUCCCCCCUCCUUUCACCUGAAAAAAAAAUUAAAUGACGCCCCUGAUGGGCAUAGUCUAUAGUAUCUGAUUUAUCAUUUUCAUCUUGUAGAACUGAUAUACCAGACCAGUCAAAUUCAUCCAUAUCUAACCAUUCAGCACUUAAAAUAGAAGUACUGUCGGUGUGAGCAAUAAUUGCCAUAAGCUCUCUCUCUCUCUCUCUCUCUGUCUUUGAGUUGGUUUAGUUGUUAUUGAACACCGAUGAUUUGAGGUUUUUUUUAAAAAUUGAACACCGUGUAUAAUGAUGUGUUAAUCAUUCUAGGGAAUGGAUUAAGAAAAAAAAUUACAGGUGAAGAGAUGAAACAUAGGAGCCAGAAUGAUCAAUUAAUUGAUCGUGGGCCCUCAAAAUAUAGAAGAAGAAGACUUUUGACUUCUCUUGCACCAACAAAUUGUGCUAACAUUGAGACCAACCAUCCGCAGUGCACAGAGCGACACACGUUUAAUAACUCUUAUAUUGUUAAAAGCCUAAACAUAUAUGACUAUUUACAUUCAUUAAAUUGUUUAAAAUAAUGUAAGAACCAGUCAAUUUUUAAGAUUAACAUUUUAAUAGAAAAAAAAAACAUGAUUGUUGACGUCAACUAAUCUAACAACUCUUAUAUUGUUAAAAGCCUAAAAAAAUAUGAAUAUUUACAUUUAUUAUAUUGUUUAAAAUAAUGUAAGAACCAGUCCAUUUUUAAGAUUAACAUUUUAAUAGAAAAAAAAAACAUGAUUGUUGACGUCAACUAAUCUAACACCCCCCCCCCCACCCCCCACCCAAAUCCCAUUGUCAACAACUGUCAAAUAUUUCCACCACCCCUCCCCUCCCUAUUUUAUUGACGUAAUUAAUAGACACCCCCUUACCCCACAACAUCCACAAUCCACGUCCUACUUAAAAUAGUCAUUCAGUAAAUAUUUUGUGGUAGUAUUCAUUUAGCUAAACGCAGUUGAUGGUGAUCUCCCUUGGCAAAUUACAAGAUUAGUCUGACACUCUGAUUUGCGGAGAUCCACACCCAAAGAUUUUGAUAUUUUCAUAGCAAUUAGCACUGAUUGUGUGUGCGAGUGUGUGUUGAGGUGGUGGUGGGGAAAUCGGGGUUGGGGGGGGGGUAGUUGAUUCUUUUCUAAUUCCACGCAUCUCCACUGGUGUAGUUAAAGACUCAACUGGAGUAAAAAAAAACGGCUGUCUUUACCAGCUAGGCCGGCCGGGCUUUGCUGCCCUUGUCAAUGUCCCUGUUUGAAUGUUUCCAGAUUCCCCAGCAUAGUGAGCAAGAUUUAAGGAAACAGGCCACACAAAAACUUCCUAAAAUACUUGACCUAACCAGAGGAGUACUGAGGACAUGUGGCAACAACGCCAAGAAAUAAAACGGCGCCCCUGUUAACCAUGAGAAACCUAUUCUCUUAUUUAAUUAACAUUGAUAGAAAAAAAUAAUAAUUUAAAUCAAGGCUAACAAAGAUGGCUCGUAGAAAAUCUAUUCUUUAUUGAAGCGUUAAUGAAAAAAAUAUCCUAUAUGUCAGUAAACACACUAGCGCACAUGCAAAUAUAACAUUCAUUACCUAUUACAAUUUGACUUAGCGUAUGAGAACUGAUCGAUGAGCAUAUCAAAUUUAAUUUUUAGUUUCUUACCGUUAUGUAAGUAAAAUGUGCGACAUUCAAUGAACUUAAGCGAACGUGCAAAUAAAAGGAGAUAACUAUUUUUCUUUUACAGUCAGGGUCGCAGGGUUAUAUUUAUAUUGAUGAAAGGGAUGAUACAAAUGAGCGACAUGAACUACACCCUACAAUAACAUCGAUUAAGAAAUGGGUCCCGUCGUUUUAAUAAUAUUUGUUUGUUUUGUUUAUUCAGUAGUUGAAACACAUACCGGUACGCCGGUAGCCCAAUUAAUAAUUAACAGUAACAGCUAAAUUUACGAUUAAUACAGCGGUUCUCAACCUGUGAGUCGCGACACAGGGGUCACCUAAGACCAUCGGAAAACACAUAUUUAUGAAGUAGCAAAAUGAAAAUAAUUUUAUGUUUGGGGGUCACCACAACAUGAAGAACCAUAUUAAAGGGUUGCGGCAUUAGGAAGGUUGAGAACCGCUGGGCUAAUAGAUAAUUUACUCAAAUUUCCAGAAGUCUUGUGAGAGAUAAUGCAGUUGUGAUCAAAGAUAUGAGGGCGGCAUUUAACUCAUUUUUUGUGCGACUCCUCGACAACAAAUUCAACACACUUCAUUUCGAUAUUGCCUUCAAAUGCAUAGAAGACCAUGACCUCGGCCUCAAAGACUUCAUACAGGUAGGCCCAUACUUUCUGUUUUGUGAGACAUUCUCGUGUGGACCUUCCAAAAUCACUUGAUAAAUAGGAGAAUUGUAAACACUGGCUCUUUUUGUGGCCCUUUCGUCAGUCGAUGCUCAAAAAUAAUAUUUAAUUUCAAUCCACCCAUCUGAACUAAUCGCGUUGUUGUCAUUUGCUCACGUCAGUCAAGUAGAGCCUGGCUUGCGAGAAGAACUGAUAGAUUGCAGUUAGACUUAACGUUUAUGCUAAAAAGUGUAUUAAGUAUUAAUUAUUAAAUACCGGUAUAGUCAAGCUUAAUAUCUGGGUAACUUAAAAAAUGCUGAUAGCAAUUAACUAGCAAUAAAAAGAAACAACUUAUUUUGGAAAUGCCUCUUUCGUGACAAGCUGGCGAUCUCAUUCAAACAGUGGGGUGGUUUUACCUGGAUCGUUCCGGGCUAGAAGCCUGGUCCCGGUCAUUUUGAACUUUUUGCCCUGGUUUCAAUAUUAUUUGAUAAAAUUACCGUAUCCUUUCUGUGUUAGUUAGUCUCGGAUACAUUGCUAAUAUCAGAACUUAAUUGGUAUCAAAUUCAAAAUUAACUAAACUAACAUUUGUAUAUAGACUAUAGACUGUCAAGUUCUAAGACUUUAUACAUAUCGUACGAUUGUUUAUAAAUAAGUUAAAGUGUAAAUUUGAUGCCUCUUUGAAAUGAGAGGCCUGUGCCAAAUGCUCCACGGAAACCUAUGACACCACCUCACUAUGAGAAGAAGUAAUAGGCUAGAGUUUACAGUCACUAACCGUCUCAUGCUAUUAUAAAGUCCACAUAACUUAGCUAUUAAAACAGGGCUUGCCUCCUGCAGGAACGCGCAUGGAUGGUAACGACAUCCUGCACUUUUAAAAAUUAUUUUUUUAAUUUUUUUUCCCUUGAUGGUGGUGGUUUCAGGGGAGGGGAGAGGGCGAGAAAUAUGAGAAAUAAAAUUAAAUACAUAUUAUAUUUAUUUCCGGAUGGAGUAAAAAAUUCUAAGAUAAUUCAAUGUCUAUUUAUACUCACUUUAAGAAAAAAAUCACUGCAUUGCACGUUAUUUAAAACUAUUUUUUUUAAAAAAUAGAAUAAUUAAUUAAUUUUAAAAGAUAAAAAAAAGCUGGCCUUUAAUAACUUUAUAUGCGAGUAGAAUCUUUAUCUUUAUACUUUAUUUCCUAAUUAGGCACUACCACAAAAUUGCGAAAUUUUUGUAUUUAGUCUAGGGAGGCCUAAUUAUUCUCUUUACAAUUAAAAGUUAAAGACUUUCUUAUUUUUAAAACAAAAAGGAAUUUGACAAGCUGAAACUGGAAAAGUUGCUGUUGGUGGUUUGCAAGGAUCUAAAAGAAGAAGAUUGUGUUGAAGGCAGGAAUUUUGGUGAUACAUACUUACAGUUUGUGAGGAAGCUGUUAAAGGAGACUUUAAGGUAAAAAAUUACUAAUCUAAUAAAUAAUAAUUAACUAAUUAAUAAUAUAAAUAUUUAAAUUACUAUUAAUAUUUCUAUAAAAUUAAUACAUUUAAUUCCCUACUUAUACCAGGGACCAGGGUUAAAAUAAUACAUAUUUGAAUUUGAUAAUCCAAAAAAUAACAAUAACAGCAGGACCUCCAGCCUCAUGCUUUUUGUUUUGGCAGUGUUUCAAACAGAAAUUUUUAAAAUUAUUUUAAUAAAAAAAUGGGAAUCUUAGUGGAAAUUUUACACUUACACAGAAAUAUAAAAAAUUCUUAUUUUAUAUUUCCUAUUCCUGUCACUUUGCAAAGGAUAUAUUGUUUGUUUUUUCAGCUUAUCUCAAGUUGAAGAUGCCUUUAGUACACUGUUGGACUUUGCUGUACAUCUGUACCUUGGGUGUUUACAAGUACAAGAGGAUGUUUACAAUAGACUUGUUGACACUGGGAAAGUUGUAAUGGAAUGUUUGAAAAAUCCAUUCUCAGUAAGGACAUUGAAUAUUAGACUAUUAAGUAUUAGGAUUAAAUCGUUGUAUUUUUUAUGAUUGUUUUAUCUAUGUCUAUGUUUAUGGUGUAAUUGACUUGGCUUUAAAGUAAAAUUUAUUAAGUCUUAAGUACUCCUUCACAAAACUAAUUUUACUUGUUAGCUUUUAUUCUUAGUCAUAUUUAUGAUAUUAUCAGUGUUUUCUGUAGAGCAUAAUUUGAGUUGACAAACCUUUUAAGUGAUUAAUGUUAAGGCUAAGGCUUCAGUGGAUUUGAAAAUGUGAACAAAUUAUUUUUUUCAAAUUCACAAUCUAAAAUAUUUGAUCUUGAGGCAAUCAUAAACUCCACUAGACUACAAACUGGGAUCAUACACAUCAACAGACUGAGUAAGAUCAAUUUUUUCAAUAGUUUACUGUUUACCAUCUAAGAUCGCCAGUUUCCUCGGACUAUCAGUCAGGGACUAUGGCUUCAACAGACUAAUAACUGGGAUUCUUGGCUUCAAAAAAAUUAAAUUCUGGGAUCAAUGGCUUCAAAAGACAAAAAAAAUUGGGUCAAUGGCUUUGAAUAUUUAUUGAGGUCAAUGGGAAAAAAUGUCUGAAGCAAUCAUUGAUAUCAUUAAAAAAUUAAAAAACAAAAAACCAACACAUUUUAAACAUUAAAGAAACAUCAAUAUUACCAAACACAAGUUAAAUUGAUAUUGGUAGAUGUGUAAAAAAGCCAUCCUAGUUUGAUGAAAUUUAUCUAUAAUUUACCAUAAUGCAUUUAUCAUUUAGUAUCUUAAUGAUUAAAACCGUAGUGUUACUGAGACAUAAGACCCUGUCUAAACAGGAUAAAUUUAUAAAUUGUUGCUUAAAAAGUUUAUGGUUUCCACUAAUAUACUCCGGUUUUUGAAGUCUUUGCCUUAGUACUUGAUCUAUUCAUAUACUAAUGGUUAUUAAAGUAUGACCGCAUGAAAAAGUGGACAGAUUAACUUAAUUAAGCAGCAUUUUAAAGAUAUUAUAGAAAACAUGGUACCAGUUUCUGAUUCUGAUAGACUACGUUGCUGCAACCAAGUACUGGCAUAUGUGUAACAGUUUGGGAAAUGAUGUGGCUAUUCUAACCGCUCCUAUCGGGUGCCAGGGCAGCCUUGAAACUCUCGAUUGAUGAAUAGUCCACGGCGGCAUUGUCCAGUUGGUCCCAAGAAAUUAUUGUUCGUGGGGAGAAUGAUUGUUUAUAUUGAACUGUGUUACACCGAGGCACAGUGAAGCAUUUAUCAUUGUUCCGGAUGUAACGGCUCAUGGAGUUGUCAGAGGUGAAGUCAGUGUUUAUUGAGCAUUUGGCUCUAAUUAAGCGACCUGGCUUUUGCAGGGUUAGAUACAUGUUAGCUGAAUUGGCCGGCACCAGCCCCGUGACCACUUUAUAGAGAAAUGUUAGACGGAGCAUUUCGCAUCUGUCUUUGAGGGAGGGGAUGUCAAAUCUUUUUAAAAGGUCAGUGACGAAGCCAGGAGUGGUGGAUUAGUAGUCACUUGCGAUGAAGCGCACUGCAUUGCAUUGUAUUCGCACCAUUUUGUCCAUGUCUUGCUUUAGGUAUGGGUUCCAGAUUAUCGCACCAUAUUCUAGUAGAGGACGGACGAGUGGGAAAUAGGCAUUUCAUUUGCAGGAUGUUGGGCAGUGGCGCAGAUUUCUUCGAAUGAAACCCGUAGAUAGAGGAUUAUUGUCAUCAAGAAUUCAUAACACCAGAUUCAUGUUAUUCAGUGAAAAUAUCUUUUUUUAUACUUCCUAGAUUGUGUAAAUAUUAUUUUUUGGUAAAAUAAGCAUUCAUUACUUUGGUAUUGGAUUUAUAAAGAUGAAGAUCACCAGAUAAUUUAUUUUAUUGCAGCACUACAGUGACUUGGAGAAAAUCAAAUCCUACAUUAGAAAAUGCUCUGUCGUAUUUAAAGAUCCUAAAUUUGCUCCUCAUAAAUCAGCUGCGAGAUAUAGCAAAGAAUUAAUGGGGAAAAUGAUGGAAGCGUUAGGGUAUGAAUGAUUUUAAUUCUGAUAGUUUUAUUAGUCAAAACAUUUGCCAUAGUAUUAUUUUAGAUCAUUUGAAACAAUUUCUUAUAAUUAUCAUCUCAUAUUGUAAUGUUUUAAAGAUAUUUUAUAAAAUCACAUUUUUUUUUGAUGGAAACUUUUUGUACUCAUAAAUCUGCUUUUAUUGAGAUGAUGAUACCUCAGUUAAAUUCAAAUUACUUAAUCGAUUCAUGUCAAACAUGUAAAGCAUUUUAAUUUCUCAGAAAUACAGAUUUUUGGGUCUUUCUUUAAAUAUUAGCUAAUUCAGUGGAAAGUUUUAAAAUAUUUAGAUGUUUGUGAUACUACAAUCAAUUGUAUGUUUCAUUUUUAUUUCAGAAAGCGUAAUUUGUUGGAAGAUCUUUAUGCUGAUGCAUUUGAUUUGGUUGUUGCUGUUACAAAAUGUUCUUAUAAAGAAGAAGGGGAGGAAUACAUUUAUGAUUUACUAAGUGCGGUUACAAAUUUCUUCAGAUAUACACAAGCUGAAGGCAAACCAUUUUCGGUUAGUUUAUGUGGGAAAUGCUUAAUUAAAAAAAAAGUUUCUAAGUGUAUAUUAGUGUAAUGUGUAAUACAAAUUACAUAUAAAACAAACAGGGCAGCUCCAAACAAAUUGUUUAAAUAAAGAAUGAUUUUUGUUGUUGUUUUAAGAGAAACAUUAAAAAUAAAUUCAUUAGUACAGGUAACAAUUAAUAUAUGGAUCAGAGCAAAAACAAAAAAAAAAAGUUGAAAACCAUGACUUUUAAGAAUAUUGAGUCAGAUGUCAGGCUUUCUCUAACAUCAAAUAAAGGUUUCAUGGAUGCAUUAAAAACCAAGCAAUAACUUCUAUAUAACCUUACAAAAAUUUCAUAUAUUAAUUAUCAUAAUGGAUUCAACAUUUUUAUAAUCAAGUCAUAUCUUGAGCUGUUGUGGCAAGCAUGAAGUCAAAUACUUUGCAGUUUAUUUGGCAGGUAAAGCUGUGCAUCAUAAUAUUGCUCUUUUUUUUGGUGGAAAAUCAGAACCUAGAAAAAUGUUCAGUUUGAUGUGUUGAAACAAACUGAAAUACUUCCAUCCAUCCAUCCUUGCAGCACAACAGCCCAUGUAGGGCUUUGGCCUGACUCACCGCUUCCUUCUUCUCAGACCUAACUAAUGCUUUUCUUUUCCAUGCUUGGAUUCCCAGCUGCUGUAGAUCUUUUUUCCACAUCAUCCAUCCAUCUAAGCUCAGGUCUGCAUUUAAGCCGUUUUCUUCUAGGGUUUUGGUGGUGCACCCUCUUCACCCCUCUGUCAUUUAGCAUUCUUUCUAAGUGUCCCACCUAGUGCAGCCUUCCCUUUUUUACUUCUGCUAUUAGGGUGGGAUCCUAAUAUAGACUAUACAAUUAAUGGUUGAUUAGAAGUCUACAUCCAUAUUUAUCCUUCUUUGGGCCAUAUAUUUUCUGGAAAAAAUUUCUUUCCCAUGUGCCUACUAGGUUUUCUGCCAUUUUUUUAGGGUCCAAGUUUCACUUGCAUAUUUUACAACUGGUAUUAUAUAUAGUUUUCUUUGUUUUUCUUGCAUUGUUUUUACUUUUGAGUAUUUUCUGACACUGAAGUAUGUAUGCCCUGUUUCCAGCAGAUAUUCAUUCUUUUAUUUCUGUUAGUAAUUAAUUUCUUUCUUUUAAUAAAGAUCCUAGUUAUUUAAAUUGAUUUACUCUUUCAAAAAUGUUGUUUCUAAUUUUAGUGGUUUCAUCUGUCUGUUCUUCUCUUAACAUAGUCAUGUAUUUUGUUUUUUUGGUUGUUAACUUCCAGCUCUGCUUGUAAAGAUGCAUCUUCUAAGUCAAUAAAGGCUUUUAAUAUGACAAUACUUUUCCCUUUAAGUGCUACAUCAUCAGCAUAUGCAAGAUACUGAAGGGGCUGGUUUUAGAGUGUCUAUUGGUUGUGGGUCUUGGGUUUCUCUCAGAAAGUAUCCCGUUAUCGUUCCUCUGGUGUCAAUAUGUAAAUUUCUUUUAACGAUCACUAAUGUUAGAUUGAAUAGCAUACCAAAAGGUGAGUUUCCUAUUAGGCCUCAUCUAAUCUGACAUUCUCUUGAAUAUUCUCCUUGAACCUUGAUUUUGCUUUUUGAGUUGCUUAAUGUUACAUGUAUAAGUCUUGUCAGUAUUUUGGAUAUGCCAAACUCCUUCAGAGUAUCAUGUUUUAUUUUGAUGCUGUCAUGGGCUGUUUUAUGGUCCACAUAGAGUUGAUGUACUGGGAUAUUAAAUUUGUAAUAUUUCUCUAAUAGGUAUGUGAUGGUGAAAAUCUGCUCAGUAGUUGAUCUGUUUUGUCUGAAUCCACAUUGGUAGUCACCUAGUAUUUGUUCAGUGUACGGUUGUAGUCUUUUUGGUUAAUUUUUUCAGUAUUUUGUAUAUAACAUUUAAUAGGGAAAUUCCUCUGUAGUUUGUGCCUUGAAGUUUAUAACCUUUCUUGUGUAUUUGGGUUAUUAGUGCUGUGUCGCAAUCUGUUGGAAUUUUCUUUUCAUGCCAAAUUUAAGUUAUAAGUUUAUGUGUCUGAGUGUGUAGUUCUCUUCCUCCAUAUUUAAUAAGUUCCGCUGUGAGGAGGUCUUCUCCAGGGGCUUUAUGAUUUUUGCAUAGAAUUGAUUACCUCUGUAGUUUCUUUCAAAGUUUGGGAGUUUAUUAAAGGGUCUUAUCCUCCAUGUGGUAGUUGAUCAUCUACAUCGUGUCCAUUAUCUGCAUUUAUUAUGCACUCAAAAUAUUCAGCCCACCUCUCCAGUACUUAACUAUUUUCCAUAAUUAAUUCUCCAUCAUGGCUCUCACACAAUAUUUGAGGUCUGGCUUGGUAUUCAUUCAUUUCAUCAUGGACAUUCCUCUAAUAUUUCCCUCUCUUGCUAAGUCUUCUAUUUCUUUAAGUUUACUUUUCCCAUUCCCUUUUUUUUAAUUCUUACACAUUUUGGUGGCUUUCCUUCUUGCAACCUUGUAUGUUUGUCUUGUCUUUCUAGUUUCCCUUUGUAUCAUGGUCAUUCGUGCCUUGUUCCUUUCUUCGAAAGUCUCUCUGCAUUCAAUUUAAUACCAGCAUACUCUACUUCUUUAGUUUGCUCAAAUCCUACUACUUUUUCUGCUGAUCUUUUUUAUAGCAUUUUUAUCAUAUCCCACUGUUCAUUUAUGUUGUAUUACCUGUUUACUUCCUCCUGUGAUAUUUCUAUUAUUGAUUCCACUUCAUUGUGGUUGGUUAGUGGUUCUGUUGAAGUUUUUGGUAAUCAUAUCGCUUUUCUCUUUGAUUUCAGCCAUUGUGAAUUAAGCUUAUUCUAUGCUUAUAUUUAACCUUUACAAGUAGAUGGCCAGGGUCUGCAUCUGCUCCUCGAUAGAUUCUUAUGUCUAGUAUGUAUGAUCCAUGUCUACGAUCAAUUAGAACAUGGUCAGUUUGGUUGUGAGUGAAUCCAUCUGUUGUGUUCCAGGUAACUUUAUGUAUAUUUUUGUGUGGAAACAUGAUGCUGCUAACUGUUAUCUCUUUUCUUGAAGCAAAGUCAAUGAGUCAGAUCCCAUUGUCAUUGAAUUCUUCAUGUGGACUCUCCUCGCCAAUAGUUGGCAUAAACACUUUUUCUUUCCCUAUUUGGGCAUUGAAGUCGCCAAUUACUAUUUUAAUAUCAUUUUGUGGUGCCUCAUCAUAGAUCUUUUCCAGCGUCUCAUUAGAGGAUUAUUUUAUCUGACCUUCUGUUUCUUUGUUUGGAGCAUGAACAUUUAUAACUGUUGUUUUAAAUAUUUUUCUUCCCACAUGCAAAAUGAAAGAAAAAUGUUUAAUACAACAUUCUCUGGUUUAAAACCUAUGACUGCACUGACAGCUUCUUUCUUCACAGCAAAUCCUGUUCCAAGAGCCAAGAGUGUUAUUUUUGUUGCUGCUAUAAAAUAUUGUGUAGUCUAUUGUCGUGAGGAUGUCUGCAUUUUUCCAUGGAAUUUCUGGCAAUGCAGCUAUAGGGACUUUAUAUUAUGUUUCAUUAGUUGAUCUAUUAGGUUGGCUAAGGCUCCUGCUCUAAACAGGCUUAGUAAAUUCCAAUUCGCAAUCCAAAGAUCAUCAUCUUCUUCUUCUAUAUUUUGAGGGCCCAUGAUCAAUGUAUUGAUCAUUCCUACUCCUAUGUAUCCAUAUCCAUGCAUAGGUCAAUUUUUUUACAUUUCCGGGUUGUUAGUCCUGCACACAACCAUCUGGGGAGCUGCCCCUUACAGCUCUUUAGGUAGCUGCCUUAAUUUUCGGGUAAGUUUCCCUAGCCUUUGUGGAUCCCUCCACUUCCAGUCUGCCCCAGAUAUUUUAUUUCCAGAGUACCCACCAUAUCUGGUUGGCUUUCCCCUAUCUGCCACCUGGGGAGGUGCUCGAUGAAAUAUCAGUGUCAUACUUCAUGCCAAGUUAAAUUAAAUGUGUUUUUAAAAUGAUUGUAUUACCUAUAAAGACUUAAAAGAUUGCUUACUUAAAAUUUUUCUAUACAGAAAAAUGCUGAAACAUUUACCAAUAUUGUAAAGAAAUUCAUCAACGUACUGGAGGGAAUGGAAAUGCGUUUUCUCAUCAAGCCAAGAUUUGUUUAUAUAGUUGUGGAUGAUGCUUUGAAAUUGGUUUACCGAAAGUGAGUAACAAGACGGAAGGGGUGUCUUUGGAAUUAGAAUAAUAUCUUAUCAUUAAUAAAACAUUGUCAUUUCAGAUUUUUACCUAUUAGUCUACAUUAAGGACAACACUAUUAAAAUUUAUGAAAUAAAAAUAAGUUUGUUUUAAUUCUAUUUAUUUAGCUCAUUAAGACAAUUUAAAGAAUGCACUGUUAAGUAUCAUGACAGUUUGACUAUUUCAGUAACAAACAGAUGUCAAGAUCCUGGCUAGAAAUGCUGGUUCCACUAUACAAGCGCCCUUGUGAGAACACAGCAAGAGCAUGUUACACCAUUACAAGUGAAAACAAAAUGUUAAAAUGGAAGGUGCAUGUUAUUAAUUUUAAUUAACCCUUGAAAAGACUCAUUUAUAUAAUAAUUUACCAUUUAUAAUUAUUUAAGGGAAGAUAAAAAAAAAUCUUACUAAUUUAUUUAUAGCAUUUAUUUUAAGAUUUUUAAUCUAUGCAUUUCAUCCUAUCUUCAUAUUGCAUUUACUGGGUAUGUUUUCUUAUGAAUACUUGUAUUAAUUAACCAAUAGCAUUUUUAAAAUCCAUUAUAUAUUUUUUCAUAUCUUAAUGUUCUGUAUUCCAUCAAUUUCUAUUUGGAUGUGUCCAUUCAGGAAAAUGCAGAUUUUGCCGAUCAGAUAUGUGAGUUGGUUGAAUCAUUUCAAGCUCCUGAGAUAGUUGAUGGACUGGGCAAAAAAGAAAAAGAAGAGAUUAAAGAAUUUCUGGAUUAUUAUAAACGAUCACUUGAAUACUUCUUUGAUGGAUUGAAGUAAGUUAACAAAUGUGCCAUGGUGAAUGAGUGUGGCAUGUUUAUAUUUAAGAAAUGUUCUUAGGCAUCACAAUAUAACUAUAAGAUAUAAUUCAACACAUCAUAUAAUUGUAUGAAAAUGAAAAUGCCUUUGUCUUAUAAAAAUAUUUUAUUAUUACUUAAGUUUAUUUAACUUAAUUAGAGAAUUUAUAAUAAUAUUUUAUGACUUUUAUUUUUUUAAUUAAAUAUUUUAUCAUCCCAAAACCACAGUUUUUGCAAUAGACAUACAGUAUUAGAAACAAAGUCUGAGUUUCAAGUUGUAUUUUCAUCAAUUUAAUUUCUCACCUGACCUUAAACUUGAAACUUUAAAAAUUUGUCAAGUCAUAUAUUAAUAGGCCUAAUAUAACUAUAAUUAUUCACUUACAGAAAGGACAAGAUGAUAAAAUCAUACAGCAAAAGAAUGAUGAAACUCAGUCUUAAAUUUAUGGCAACACAACACGAAGUACUCUUCGAACUUGCUGAGGCCAUUGCUGAAAAAACAGAACUAAAUAUAAAGGUUUUAGUCACUGACCACAGUUUUUAAGUCAAAUUUUGUGUGUGUGGAAUUUCAUCAUAGUUAAUCAAUUAUUUAAUUAUUUUAAAAUGGAUAUUUUCCCUAAAAAUGAUUUGUCUAUAAGAUGAAUACAUGUUUUCAUGGAUUUAAAUUGUAAUGUUUCAAGAAAUUGUAUCAUUACUUAAUUAAAAUUCAAAGUUGUUAAUUAUUUGUCAAACAUGUUUGUCUAUUCUUACACUAACACUCACAAAUGAACUAAUUCCAUUAAGUCAAGCCAUUCAUUUAAACUACUAAUACUGCCAUACUCUGAAUGUCUUUAAUUCAAACUAAACACUAUAGCAGCGUCCCUCCUAAAGUUUGGUUACCAAAAUGAAGUCCACCCACUCAAAUAAUUUUCUUGAUUAAAUACUACUGACUUCUGGAUAGAACUACGGUUCAUUUUAACUUUACCCAAUAUUACUCACAUGAUUCUUACUUGUCAUAAGGACAUUAUUCAAUGACGCUCAUGUUAUUCUCUGAGCCAUCAAAUCUCUCUUUACUUGCUAUUUCACCUUUUAAAAGAUUGUAUCAUAUCAAAACCAAAAUUUGUGCCAUCAUUUUAAAAAGUGAACUUCUUAUGAUUCCAUGUUCUCAAGAUCUUAAAUUAGAUGUAUCAUGUGCAUAACUUAAAUUUACAACUUGUAAAAAUUAAUUAAAGAAACUAUAUUUUAAUUAUAAUUGAUUAUUUUCUCAGGAAGAUAAAAAUGACAUGAUUGAAGCAGUCAAAAAGUUUCAUGAACUACUAAAAGAUGAAGAUCGCCCAUGGAUGACAAGCUGGCCCUUACAGAGAGCUGCCAAUGAUUUUCUGAAUACAGCCAUGGAACCAUUUAAGAAAGUUUUAAAAAAAAUUUAAGCAAUCAUAUUAUUUAAACAUUUGAUUCAUGAAAAAUACACAGAAAUUGGCAAAACCAAAGACAAAAAUACAACAAACUAAAAAACUUUAAUAUGAUAAAUUUUAAACUUUCUUUUAUCCAUUGUUUUAAAUUAUUUGGUUAAAAGCUGAUGAAAAGAAAAUGUUAAGAACUUAAGAGUAAAAAUAAUUAUUAAUUUUCAAGACCAAUUAAACUUUAGUGGUUUAUAUUUAUAAAAAAGAAUUGACUGAUCUAUAAAUGAUGAAGUGUGCUGAUAAUAAAUCACUAUAAUUUUACAACUAAAAACAAAAUUGUUAUUUUUCACAGUGUAAAAAAAAACAAAAAAAUAGCACUUUAUAAUUCUUGAAAAACCUAAGUUUGGCACAGAUGUUUUAAGGAAAAAACAAGCGUGCACUUCUUUAAAAAGAAAAGCUUAGAAGAUGCAGGCCUACAAUUUACAUAAUUCAUAUGUAACACAGCUACGUUUCAGAAGAAGCGAAAACUUUCCAAGUUAAAAUUUUAAAAUAAGGGGUUGAAAUUCGUUUCAUUCAAUCAAUAAUUUUCAUUUUAAUUACACAUUUGAAUAAAUUAUUUUAAUAUUUUUUUGCUCUUGCAGAGAUGGUAAAGUUUUCACAGAUGAAGAGUUCAUAGUGUUUACAUCCAUUUGCCAGACGUGUCUCCAGUAUGAUGUUGUUAACCCUGAAACUGGCCAAUUUCCUUCUGGUUAUUUUUCAAUAUUUUUGAAUGUCAUUAAACCUCUUCUCAAUUGGGUAAGAAAUUAAAGAAUUAAGAGGAUUAUGAUAGUAAUCACUGCUGGUCUAUCACUAUAGAACAACCACUAUGCAGCAGUUUAUGCAAUAAACAUUUAUAACCUGUUGAAAAUUAAAUGUUAUUUGUGCUAUGCGGGGUAAAACAUUUUUAAGAGACACAGGCAAUAGUAAAAUAUCUAAAUUGUAGACUAAUGUCACUCUUUUCAUGUAUUUUGACCUUCCUUUAUAUCAUUCCAUGUAAAUAGCUUAGCCAAAUGUUCUUUAGAUGCUGAUAGAUUUGCCAAUUUAAGUACAAUAAUAAUCACAUUCAACUUUAUUUCUAAAAAUGAAAUUAAUCACUUAUCAUGAAUACUAAUAUACAUAUAUCAUGGCAUCCUUCCAUCUUCGCAAGAAAAUGAAGUAGCUAUGUACACUUCAACAAAUGGCUCCCAAGGUCAAUACCAAUAUAUAAAUAUUAAAACAAUAAUAAAAAUAUCACAUUCAUUUUUUUUUCUCUGACCUACUUUCUGUUGAAUGUGGGAAUCUUCCCAUCAAAACUUUCGUUUCUGAAGUAUUCAAAUUAGUUACAAACUUAAUAGGUCCAGGCCUUAAACAAGAUGGAUGUCACAGCUGCCCUGGUCCCAGAUCUAAUCAAAUGUUUGGAUGCAGAUGAUGAGAGUGUUGUUAUGUUGACUGGUGUCUACCUCAACAUGUACGGACAAGCAUCAUCGGGGCAGAAAGUUGUGGCCCCUUACCUCGACAAAAUAAUCACUGUUUAUCUGGAGAAGGAGAAUUCACAACUGUUAAGUAAGUGAAUAAUGAUCAAGCCGUUGAGUAAAGAAUGAUCUGGUUGUAAUUAAUGGUUGUGAGGUGUGAGCUAGUACACACCACUCAUGAUAGAAAUCACUCACUCUAUACAGGGGAAUCUUCUGAGACAGCCGGUUCAUGUCAGCCACAAGCAUAUAAGACGUUUUGCACCUGUCAUUGAUAAUGGCUGUUGUAAAUUCACCCUCUCUCCCUCUCUCUCUCUCUCUCUCUCUAUAUAUAUAUAUAUAUAUAUAUAUAUACAUAUAUAUGUAUAUUUAAUUAAAUAUUUAAGUUUACAGGGAGCAUGAGAAAGAGAUGAUCUUCAUAAUAAUAUCUAUAUUUGUUUCUGCAGUUGCAAUAAAUGAAAUUUAUCCAAGCAAUCCUAAGGCACUAAAAGAUCACUUCAGAGCUCUGAUGCAGCUUUUUGAGGACACUGGUGAACCCACUCUGAUUAUUUAUCUUUGCCAACUUUUCCAGAAGGUUGCCAAAAAACAAGCAGAGGUACAAUGACAUUUUUUCAAACUUCAUUUCUGUUAUGUAUCCAAAUAGUCCCAUUCAGCUUUUAAAUACAUACGUACCGUAUUUAAAAUUUGUAAUGCAUUUUAAGAAAAAGAAAACUAUCACUUAGGACAAUAUUCUGCAAUUAUGUUUUUAUCAAUAAUUGUAUAGCGAUUGUUGAAUGCCUUCAUUGCUAUUCCAGUAAAUACAAUACAGUUUAUUUUGCCUGAGUAGGACUGUAAAUUUAAAUGUAUGUCACAAGAACAGUUCAAAGGUGAACUGCUUUUUACUAAAUUGUUUAGCAAUCAAAAUCUAAUAACUCACUCCUUAUCACAAUGCAGUUUACUUUCAUUCUUUAUACCUGCCACCCUAAAUAAUAGAGUCAGAGAUCAGCUAAACUUCUAAUGCUCUAAUAGAGCAAAUACUUGUUUUUAUAUUUAUUUAUUUAUAUUUUAUGAUGCAAGAACUCACCAUUAGUAGGAUUUUGUGACUCACACAAAUGCAUAAACAUUCCAUUUUAUAAUUUUAGCUUUUCACUGCCAAUGAUAUGGAAAUUUUGCUGACUAAAGCAAGGGAAAGUAUCAAUUCUCAAGUCAUGAUUUUACAAAUUGUACAAGAACUUAGCAAGAGAUGCCCAGAAGACAUGGUUGGUCAUUUGGAUCUUUUACUGGAUCACACAGCAUGGAGUCCCAUGGUCAGCUAUUUCAUCACUGAUAUGUUGGUAUCUUUGGCUUUGUAUCAAAAGGUUAGUGUUUGCAGUGCAGUUUAGUUGGACCAGUUCUUAUAUAUAUUUUUUGUAAAAACAAUAGAUUAAAAUUUUUAUAAAUAUAUUAUCGGGAACUUUUUUAAAAUUAAUGUUCAAUUAUCUGAACAACCAUUAAAAACCCAAAUAAAGAAUUUAAGAAAUUUAAAAAACAACAUAUCUGUUAAUGGGCUUAUUACAAAAAGAUCUAUUGAUAACUCUGUGAACUAAUGAACUUUUUUUAAAUGCUAUUUUACAGGAUGUGGCACCAAAAGUGCUGAACUAUUUGUUUCACAAUGUAAAGACCAGCCAGGACAAAUCUACUCUCCUGACUUCUUUUAAUGCACUGAGACUGAUAUGUUUCAAACACAUGGACUUGAUGAAGCCAAGAAGAGCUGAGCUGGAUGCCAUUAAUAUUACAGAUCCUGAUGCUAUUGGGCUCAAGAAGAUGAUACUUGAUAUGAUUGAUGGGAAGAGGUGAGUGUUUUUGUUUUUUUUGUUUCUCCAUUUAAAAUGAUUAUGUUAUUACUUUUUUAAAAAUAACCAUCAAUAAUAUUUUAUUAUAAGCUUCCCUUAGACAUUAACAAUAUCUUAACAUUCUGUUAAUAGUUAAUUUGUAAAAAAAAUCUUGUCAUUACCGGUAUAUGAUUAGUUAUGAAAUAAAAAUUACCAAUUAUUAAAUCAACUAAAAUUGAUUAACUUCAAAAUAUAAUUUAAUCCUAUACUAUUAAUUAAGUUUAGAAAGAAAACAUUAAUUUUUUAAAAUAUUUAAUGGUUCAUGGAAACUAACAUUUGUCUAACUCAUCACUGUCAAUAUAAAGUAAAAAAGACACAAAAAAAAACUUUCUUUAGUUCUGAAGAUGUGGUGAAAAAUUUGAAAAAACAAGAAGAAGAGCUGGCAAGUUUGGUUGGUAGAGUUAAUGAAACAGAAGAGAUUCUGACUGAAAUCAAAGAGGAUGUUUCUAAGCAGGGAGACCAACUGAACAAUGUGAAGACUGAAGUGAAGGAACAAGGACAACGUUUGGACAAAGUGGAAGUCACAGUGGAAGAAACUGUUGCCAAAGUGGAGGAAAUUGAUCAGAAGGUAUAUGAGAGACAGAAUGGUUAUUAUUAUCACUGGACCUCGUGGCUGACAUAAAACGCUAGAAAAAGAAAGUACUGAUAAUUUCUCACAAACUUCUUAAAAGAAACAUUUUUUUAAUACUAAGAAAAAUUCAAAUGAACUAAACAAACACUGAUGAUUUAAAAAAAAAAAAAAAAUUUUGACACAAAGAUAUGUGAUGUGUUUACUGAAAUGGCUUGUGACCAGAAUACAGCAUCUAUAUAUCUGGUUUGGAUGCUAUCUUAGAUCCUAUCUAAUGAUUAACUUAAGCUGCAUGACCAAUAAAUAACCAUUGGUUAUCAGUGUCAGAUAAAUGCCUCUGGUAGAUGACAGAAUAGAAACUGGUCCAGUGAGAGGGAAGAAUCUGGUUUAAUAGAGCUCUGUGUAGGCUCCCGUAUGGAAAAUCCCAUAUUUGUACAAAGUUGUAAUGUUGAAUAACAAUGUACCUAUUUUUCCAAAGAUCCCAUAUCUUAUAAAGACAGGUUUGGUUGUUUCUUUGACAAUCAGGGUAACAUUGCCAUGUUCUUAAAUAACAAAUGAAACUAAUCUAUAGGCCUAAAAUUCACUGCAUUAAAUUAUUUACCUACAAUAAUUGUAUAAAACUAACUAUAGAGCUAAAGAUUCACCACAUAAAUCUUGUCUGAAACCAACAAAUUAGCUGUAUAUUCAAGUUAAUCAAAUGUGGCCAUUAUUAAAUUUAAUUUUCCCCAGACUUUAAGUCAUGCUCCAUUCUGGGCCAGAGAUGUUUCUAAGCUCCUUAACCCAACUUCUGACCAUGACUGGCGUCUCCUGAGCAAAAGACUCAUGUACAGUAAUGAUGAUAUCAGGGGCUGGGCUCAACAAGCUGACCCCUGCAUGGCUAUGCUGAAUGAAUGGUAAUUUGCAUACUGGUUAAAAAUGAUUUACCAGAAAAAGGAAACAUUAUAUUUUUUAAAAUAAUUUUCUUAUACUAAUUUAUAAGUAGUUUGUGUCAUUAAUUGGUCACUGUUGUGAAAAUGUACAUGUUUUUAUUUGUUUUCUAUCUCACUUUAUUAUCUUAUCAUCCAAUAUCAGGUAUGCCACUCAUAAAACAAGUGAAGCCACACUGUCCAUUUUUAGUCAGCUACAAGAAAUGAACAGAUUAGAUGCAGCAAUUAUUGUGGAAAAUGCCAUGAAAAAUGCUGGUAACAUUAACAAGAUAAUUUAUUUUCUUUCAACAAAAUAAGAAAAUUAAUGAUUCAAAAGGAAAAAUAUCUUUGAAGCUUUAAAAUUUAAUUUUACAAAUGGUACAAUAUAGAAGUUCCAUUUUUCCCCAAAAUUGUCCCCACUUUGCCUGGGUUUAGAAACUUAAUAUUUUAUAAUGUUUACAGUAUCAGCAUCAUUUCCUUUGUUAGAAAAUAUUUCAACCAAUUUAUUUUGAAUGUAGUGAGGUUUAUAAACAAGAAAUUACAAUCAAUAAAAAAUAAAAAUAAUAUUGAAAUAUUGAAUAGUUAAGACACCUGGUCUAAUUAUUUCUUUCAAUAAAUAAUCAUAACACGGGACAUGUCCUGAAGUUGAAACCAUGUCCACAUCCUGUUUAAUUAAGUUGGAAUAUGAGCUAUUCUUUGAACACUCUUCUGCCAAGUCAGCUUUGACUUAAUGAUUAUUCUAAUCAAAUUAUUCUUAUUGUGUUUUUGAUUUUAAUGUUUUAAAAUAUUAUUUGCUUUCAAAGACUUGUUUGAUUUUAUAUAUGUGUGGGUCAAAGUAAAUACCAGUCUUAAGAAAUUAGUUCAAACCAUCUCAAGGAAAUAGUGGAACAGUUUCAUUUCUAGUCUAACCGUAUCUUGUUCCACUAUUUUCUAAAGAAAUUAAUUGCUCAAUUUAUCAUUUCCCAGAGGCUGUUGUUGAGGAUGAAGCCUUUGAAUAUGCCUCCCCACCCCCCAUCUUUUUAAGUUAUCAGUGGGGACACCAGGCUGAGGUCAAACUCUUAAAACAGCAUUUGGAAAUGGCUGGUUACGAAUGCUGGCUGGACAUUGGUCAGAUGGGUGGUGGGGACAAAUUGUUUGAAAAAAUUGACUCUGGGAUUAGAGCAGCCAAAGUAAUCCUCAGCUGUGUAACAAGCAAGUAUUCCAAGUCUCCAAACUGUAACAGAGAGGUGAGUCAAGAGAGUGCAUGUUUGUGAUGCACAUCUGAGUUCAUUUGUCUCUCAUUUAAAAUACAUGCUGCUUCAAUGUUUAUUUUUUUUUUAAAAUUUCAACUGCAGGUAGUGUUUUUUUUAAAAAUGUGUUUUUCCAAAAUAGUUUUCCCUCUCACAAAAUAGGAAAUACAGAUUAUUUAUGUAAAAAUAAUAAAUUUUCAUUAUAAAUGUAAAGCAGGCCUGCACAACAUACUGUACCCACUUUACGGCCCACGAAGUAACGAAAUAUUCUUUAUUCUUAUUAUUUUCUUAAUAGCUUUCCCCCUGACCUAUUUUCUUUUGGCCCGCACAAGUUUUUCAUAAAGUAUUAUGGCCUGCCUUACAUUUUGAGUUGUGCAGGCCUGAUAAAGUUAGUCAAGGUAUAAUUUAAAACCAAGAGAAAAAAUACUCAAAGGAAUAAAUAAUGUUCACAUAUUUUUUAACAGUGCUAACUUUUGUUUACCGGUACACUCAUUUCACUUUUUUCCAGGUAAACCUGGCUGUGGGUCUGAACAAACCCAUAAUCCCAUUGCUCCUUGAACAAUGCACAUGGCCACCUCCUGGAUCAAUGGGUCCAAUCUUUAGCGAAUAUUUAUUCAUUCGAUUCUUUCAACGUGCUGGAGAGGAGGUGGCUGACCAGAGGUACUGGUCCAAGGACAAGUUUCAGGAGCUUCUCAUGCAGCUCAGUAUGGUGGGUGUGGCACCUAAGGAACACAAAGUUCAGCCAGGUAACCUUAGAGACUAGUUAAUGAAUCAAAAUAUAAAAAUUAUGUUUGUGUGUGUGUGUGUUUAUUUAAUUAAUCAUUUAUUGAUUUGGAAAACUUGCAUGAAAUUAGGGUUCUCAAGGCAAAAAAAACAACAACUUUGGUUUAAUAAGUGAGGCUAAUUGCUCUAGUUAUAAAGAAAGAUAAGCUCUGUUUUCACUUGAAAAUAAUUAGAAGAGUAGUUUCUCUAUCACUUUAUGAUUUUUUUUUAAAGUUACUUUUCAAAAUCAUGAUAGUGUUAUGAACUGGUUUUGUGAGCGUGAUUGUUUGUGUAUGGAAUAGUUGUCGAUCAUGAGCGUGUGAAUAGUUUUGUGAAGGUGAGUUGUGAUUGGUCAGUUCAUGCAAGGUCAGUAAACAAGUGACAUGUUAAAAUGCUGUGAGAACACAGGGUGGCGGUCAUUUGUGGAGUUAUUAUUUAUAGUCAUGGUCAUGGUGAGUUUUCAUUGGAGUGGUUAGUGUGUUAAGUUCUGUUACUCACUGUUAGAUCUUUGUAUACGAUGUACUUUGUAAAUGAAGAAGAAGAAAAACGGACAGUGCAUCAAGUUUUUAAUGUGUUGCGAAAUAAAACCUAGACAUUUUGAGCCAAAAUGUGCUGUUUGUCAGAUUAUGGAGAGAGUUCGUAGCAGCAAGCAUUAAUAUUCAGCAAAAUAGAAACCAUUCAAGCUAUGACAUUAAUAGUAACUUGAGAAUUAGAUAAGAUAAUGACAAUCGGAUAAGACAGUGUCAGUCAGAAAAUAUAAGAAAGAAAAUAUUGUAAAUAAAUUUGAGUAAAUAAUCAGAAUGACAUGUAUUGUUAAGGAUGAUGAAAUCUACCAACAGACUACCUGUACCUAACAAAUGUCACAGAAGUGAACUCAUAUCAUACCAUGUUGUGCUAUUUCAGAAUACAAAAAUUGGUGGAUGCCUGUUGUACAAGAAAUUAAAAUAAACAAGAGCAAAACUUACAAUGGUGGAAUAGUCUCUGAAACAGGACUGUCAGAGCUGGAUAAAAAAGUAAGAAAAGUUCACCUUUGUAAUGUUGUCAUAAUUUAAUGGACAUUUGAAAUCAAACCUUAUAAAUAGUGUUAAAGUCAGUGAGCUUGAUUGAUAAUAAUGAUGAGCAUUAACCUGAAGUGUCUCUUCAUCUUUGAUCAGGCAUCUGAAUCUCCCGAUGUAUUCAUCUCGUACCAGUGGGGUAAACAGAAGAACAUUAUAAAACUCUAUGAACGCCUGACAUCCCUGGGUCUCACCUGCUGGUUGGACAUCAAACAAAUGGGAGGAGGGGAUUCCCUGUAUGAUAAAAUUGACAGGGGCCUGCGGGGCUGCCAGGUUGUGCUUUCAUGCGUCACGCAGAAAUAUGCUCUCUCCGCCAACUGCCGGCGGGAGGUCAGUUUGGCAGAUGCACUAAAGAAACCGUUGAUCCCACUGCUGUUGGAACAGAGGACCUGGCCACCAGCUGGACCUAUGGGCAUGGUCUUGACACAGUUGCUAUAUAUUAAUUUCUCUAAGGUUUGAAUAUUUUUUUUAUAUUUUACCAGCAGCUCUUCUGAUAAAAAAAAAAGAAUAUAUUUUUAAAGUUCUUAACCAUGGUUACUGUUUUCUAGACUAAUUUAUCCAGAAAUAUUAAAGAAUUUCUCACCAUUCUUAGAACCAAUGUUCUCUAAAAUUUUCUGGUCUCUGUGUGCAAAAAUUUGUUGUGUGCAACAUGGACAAAAAAUAUUUAACAUUAGACAAACAAGUUACACAUUUUCUUAACACUUUAUUUUGAUUACAAAAGUAAUACACAAAGUGCAUUAUGUGUGGGAAUGAUUUUUUAUAGUUUUAAACAUUGUAUGUCCUCUGCCAUUUUCCCUACCAGACCUUUUUCAGCUGUGCGCACCUUUUUCUCUUUUGCAUAUGCGCACAGCUUACAGGAAAUAUUUCUAAAAACACUGGUUUAGAAAAUUCAACACUUUGAAAAAAAAACUUAGAUUGAGAAUGAUCAGUUUAGAUUCAUUUUGAAAAAUUAUGUAUUAAAAUCUUUAAAAUUAUUAUGUUAACUUUUAAGUAAUAAGAUGAAGAUAUAUAAAUAUCAUUAGAAUUCAAUGAAAUGAACAGAAAUUGUAGAAAUGCUGUUACCCGGUACAGCAGGGCUUCACUUUUUAUUCUUUUUAUAAAACUAUGAUUGAAACCAUAUUUUUGUUUGUUUUGUUUUUGUGUAGGGAAGCCUUUGAUAGUGGUACCCAGUUUCUAUGGGGUUUACUUUAUAUUUCAGUAAUUUAAUAGUUUUAUUUAAAUUUAUCAAUAUUUCUAUAUUAUCAAUCAAAUUUUGACUGUUUUAACAUGUUAUAUAUUUGAAAACUGAGAAAAAUACUGAUGUAAGUCAGUUUAUUUCUUAUCAUUACAGGAUGAGUCUGUUCAGAUGAAAUGGGAAGGGCCAGAGUUUGAUGAAAUGUUGAAAAAAAUUUAUGAGAAUAUUCCCAAAGCACUAGUUACAUCUAAAAAUCAAAGUGUCAGAUCAUCAGACGGCAUCAAAGUUUUAAAAGAUCAGACUCCAUCUUCUAAGGAAAAACAACUCUCUCAGAAUGGUACAGGUACAAUGAACCAUGGAGUAGUUUCCCCUAAUUUUCCCCAUACAGCUGCCAGAGAAAUGCCAACCUCCAAAGUUAAAAGUAUAUCCUCUUUACUGAAACCGACAUCUCUCAAGACAAGGCAGACCUCUCCUAAAUCAAACCCUGCAAAUUCAUCCUUAGCUCCCAUUAAAUCUCCAACUAAAUUAGAACAGAAAUAUCAAGGAAAUCCAUUGGUAUCAAAGUCCCCAACCUCAUCAUCUUUAACAGCAUCCACACAGCAAUCUAAUGGUGGUAAGAAACCUUCUCAGUUGAAGCCAGUAACUUUGGUCAAGGGAUCUCCUUCUAAUGCUCAAAAGGCAUCACUAACAGCGGCAACUAAAAAUGUUCAGUUGUCCCCAUCAUCGAAGCAGAUAUUGAAACCUCUUUCACCUGAGCAGGUGACAUCACCUCCAGUGAAUCAAAGUAGUGCUGUUAAGCCCUUGACCAGAUCUCACCCAACUAAAGUAUUACCUGUGAAUAAUCGCCCUGCCAGGCUACCACCAUUGGGUUCAGCCCCUUCAGCACAGCCCACCGACAAGAAAGAAAAACAAUCACUUUCAUUCCAGUCAUCAGGUAUAGCAAGGGACUCUCAGUCACAGAAUAGAAAGGCAAGCAAAUAGAGUAAUGAGAUAAUCUAGGCUUGGGAAACUUUUUGAUAUAAUUAUUGAUUAGUCUCAGCACAGCAGGGGCCAUACAUCAUUAAAUGACUCUAGGAAGUCGGCAAUGGACCAUUACAUAAUUAUUUUGUUAUUUAAAAAAAAACCCAUUAUUUAAAUUGAGUGGGAACACAUAGAUUCAAAUGUGAAUAAAAUAUAAAAAAUGUUAUCAGGGAACAAACAUUAAGCUUCAACCAGGGUGCACUAAACGCUUGAGCAGUAACAGAUAAAUGCAUAGUUCACAUUAUAGGAGCAUUUAGUAUUUAGGGUUCACUUUUUUUAGCCUACUUUUUACUUGUUUAAAUUUAUUUGUCAAUACAAGUUUACAUGCAAAGAUUUUUCAAAUUUAUCUUUUAAAGUAUCCGUACUAAUAUACUCACACAUAGAUCACACUUUUUAACAAAAAUUUUUGAUAAAAAUCGACAUCCGCUGAACAUAUCACUUACUGUUAAUAAUCGUGGAGUAGACAUAUACGAUAAGUCGGAGAAUCAUUUUCUUCCUUGCUCUCGAGCAGUGGCGAAUUUGUUUUUGUUUGUUAAAAUUUGCUUAGUUCAUGAAGUUCUCAAGUUUUAUGGAAACAUUUUUGUUAAGCCUAUUUAACAAAAUUUUGAUUAGCUGCAGUAAAUAUUUUUCUGGUGAAUUUUUUUUUAGCGCAUUGCUUGUAUUCGUAAUUUUUCCCAUUGUUUAUAAACGUUAAUUAAAGAAAUAAAACUUUGGUAACAACAUUUUUUUUAUUAUUUUUAAUUUUAUUACAACAUAAUUUAUA